CGCGUCACCGACUCCCGCACAGAUUGCUGACAACUGGCGAGCGCGCCGCACCAACGUGCUGCGGAUCACCAGUCAUAGACAAAGUUUGACAUUAUCGUAAAUAAACAGUGUUUUUAAUUACGAUUAGCAACUUUGCUACCCGUGUUCUACAAUAAGUUCAAUAUUCUUGAAGUGUUGUGUUAAAGAAAGAGACUCUUGAAACUGUAAAAAUGAUGUCCUUAGUGUUGUUUGGUUUGACGGGGCUACUCUUCAGCUCGGCAACAGAAGGCUGCGGCGCCGGAAGGCAAAUGCUGAGAACCGGCGGUUUGUCGGCGUAUGAGAAGCAAGCAAUCGUGGACGCGCACAACCGCCUGAGGCAAUCAGUUGCAUUGGGACAAGUCUCAAAGCAGCCACCGGCAGCCAACAUGAUGGAAAUGAUCUGGGACGACGAAUUAGCGGCAACUGCACAAAACUGGGCCAACCAGUGUCAACCGGCUCACGACAGCGCGUCCCAGCGCGAUGUCCUGAGAUGGCCCGUGGGCCAGAACAUCGCGGCCACUUGGACCACGCGUCCGCCCAGCGGCCCCGAGGACUCUGAGCCCGACUUCAACAAACAAAUCAACGCCUGGUUCAACGAAGUCAGCAUCUUCGGCUUCAAACCUAUUAACGGCGGACACGGCACCGGCCAUUACUCACAGUUGGUGUGGGGUGAGACGUCUCACGUGGGGUGCGGGUACACGUUCUACUACGACCCGUCCCGCGGCUACACCAAGCUGUACGUGUGCAACUACGGGCCCGGCGGGAACGUCAUCGGCUCCAACCCGUACGACAAGGGCCUGCCGUCCUGCAGCGCGUACGGCCUGUCCGCCUCCACUAAAUACAACGGUCUUUGCUCUUCCACCAGCUACAUGGCGUCCUCCUCGUACCAGACCGUGGACAACACCAACACCAACGGCUACAACAUCAUCUCCAACGUCAUCCCCGAGAGCACCGGCGACUCUAACUACAAGCACUACAACUACCAGUACAACACUCAGUACCACAACCAGUACGACAACCAGUAUCACAACCAGUACGACAACCAGUACCAAGUCCAGUACCAGAACUCGUACCAGCAGCCACAACCAGUCUACCACCAGGCGGUCAGCCCGACCACCACUUACAGACCCUUCAUCAGCAUCUUCAAGACGGCAUCUGACCUCUUCACGAAACCCAAAGCGACAGGAUUCAGAUUCGGCACAUUAUACCUCAACAAGUAAACCUAAAUUUCAUCACAGUUUUAUAGCAGUAUUUUUAAACGUAAUUUAUAUUGACAGUUUUGUGUCUUGACUGAUUUUUCGAAACUGAUGUUUUCGGAACAAGAUUGUAUAUUGUUAUCCCUUGGUUUUACAAGGGAGUUAAGUUUAGGAGAUAUUUUAUAUUGUAGUAGUCGACGGCUCUUGAAGUCUGAGAGAUGGGUCUAUCCGUGCUGGCGUGGAUGACCUUCUAGUAUUCAGUGCAUGUUGUUCUUUAGAUAAUAUUUAUUUUCUACAAUAAACAGUUGUUGCUAAUUAA